CCUGGCCUCCCCCGCCGCUCUCGGAGCUCGGGGCGGUCACACGGGACCGGUUCAGGCCUCGGUGGAGCCGAGCCCGGCCGCCAACCUCUUCCCCAGCGCCGGCUGGAGCGGGGUGCGGCCGCUGGUAGUGUCGCCGGGUGUCCGGCGCCAAGGAGUCGAGCGCACCGAGUCAGGCAGGGGCGGGCCCACUCAUGGUAUAAAAGCUGCCCGCGCGGGAGCCCAAGCCAGCUCUGGUGUUGUCCUGGGACGUGUCCUCUUCUGAGUUCCACCACCAGGCGAAGGCGACGGCGACAUCUCUUUUGACUAAAAGACUCAGCGUCCAGUGCUCCAACCAAAGCAUCUAAGGGGACCGCCACUCGCGCUUCCAUCAUGCCCAACUUCUCCGGCAACUGGAAGAUCAUCCGAUCGGAAAACUUUGAGGAUUUGCUCAAAGUGCUGGGGGUGAAUGUGAUGCUGAGGAAGAUAGCCGUGGCUGCAGCGUCCAAGCCGGCGGUGGAGAUCAAACAGGAGGGAGACACUUUCUACAUCAAGACGUCCACAACGGUGCGCACCACAGAAAUCCACUUCAAGAUCGGGGAAGAGUUCGAGGAGCAGACUGUGGACGGGAGGCCCUGUAAGAGCCUGGUGAAAUGGGAGAGCGAGAACAAAAUGGUCUGCGAGCAGAGGCUUCUGAAGGGAGAAGGCCCCAAGACCUCCUGGACCAGGGAGCUGACCAAUGACGGGGAGCUGGUCCUGACCAUGACGGCGGAUGAUAUCGUGUGCACCAGGGUCUAUGUCCGAGAGUGAGCGGCUGUGGGUCCAAGAGCUGCCAGAGCCCCCCAGCCCACACUCCCAUGCUCCCUGCCUCACUGCCCCUCCCCCCUUUCUUCUAGGCUAGCUCUCCCCUCACCCCCCUCACUCCUGGGGAUGCUGGGAUGUCUCCAGCUUGGCUCUGCUUCAGGGGCCCCUCCUCCACCCCUCCCCCAAAAAAGAGAGAUGGAUGGCAAAAGCCCAGAUCACCUGUUCCCGAAUCACACCCCCUCCCCAGCCAGCAGUCCCGAACCAGCCCAGAGCACACCUCUUUCUGCGAGGGGACCUGAGGGCCCCAGUGGGAGAGACGGCCCCCUGGCUUCCGCUCUUUGUCCCUGCGGCCUACACAGUGUAGAAUAGUUAUUGGUUAAUUUUAUUAAAAUGUUUUAAAAAAUA